AUGAGAGAAAGUUUGAUUCAACAACUAGAGGAUAAUUGCUAUGAAUGCGCCAUUUGCUGCCAGAUUAUUCAUGCGCGACAGGGCAUUUGGACGUGCAAAACAUGCUAUCAUAUGUUCCACAUCUCUGGUGGUUGUAUCAUAAAUUGGGCGAAGAAGAGUAAAGAGGAGGAUAACAAGUACUGAGGAGAAACUCCGCACUCCUGCGGUAACGUGUGUGGUGGUCAACGCGCCCCUGGUUGUCCUCAUCCAUGCAAUGAACCUUGCCACCCUGGUCCUUGUCCUGAGUGUCCGGUAAUGCUCACUCGUCGGUGCAAUUGCGGUGCUGUUCAAAAAGCUAUCCGUUGCGGUUCAACUGUGGAAGUCAAGUGCGACAAAGUAUGCGAUCGACUACUAGCAUGUGGAGAUCAUCGUUGUACUCAAGUAUGUCAUGAAGGCGAUUGUGACAAAUGCGAUGUUGUCGUGAAGCAA